AUGACCAUGUGUUCGUCAUUGACCUUGCUCUGUGUGACCUUAACCUUAGGCUCUGCCCUGUCGGCGAGUGUUGUUGAUUCUGGUUCUAACACUCUGCUCGGUACGGAUCAACUCCCGGAUUCCCAAGGUGGCAACGAUGGAAACUUUAAGUACCCUGUGCGUAACCCCGGAGUCAGUGAUGCGGACAAGAAGGUCAUCGUUGACAUGCAUAACCGCUACAGAAGAAUUAUAGGCCAUGACGCUGCCAACAUGAUGAAAGUCAGUUGGGACGAUGACAUUGCCCGAUCUGCCCAAAAACAUGCAGAAACAUGCAGCUUUCAUCACGAUCCGCUAGCUAAUCGGUGGAUUAGUGGUUUACCCGGGGUGUACAUUGGACAGAACAUGUGUGCCGGAAACCAGGACUGGCAGGAAUGUAUUGAUGCUUGGUAUAAGGAGAAAGACAACUACCAAUACGGAGAGGGCGCGAAAACUUUGUCAUGGAAUGAAAUAGGUCACUAUACUCAGCUUGCUACCUGGCAUGUUUCUCGUAUUGGCUGUGGAUACGCCGAGUGUGAGGGAAGGAAGGACCGGACGUCUUUUGUUUGUAACUACGCGUAUGGCCAGUUUUAUGACGAUGUUCUUCGCCCAUUCCUGAACGGAACUUCAUGUGGCGCGUGUCCAAACACAUGUGAUAAUGGAUUAUGUGAUUGUGGUGGAAAGAUUUGCAACAAUUUUGGAACAUUGGAUUUGAACACGUGUACAUGCUCGUGCCUGAAGUUUUACACUGGUGACACGUGUCAGACUACUUUGUGCAGUGUGACUGAACAUACGUCGUGCUCACGUCACGCCAAAGACGAAUGUACCAACGGUGUCAACAUCGCGGCAUUGUGUCCUCAUCACUGCGGCCGUUGCUAA